AUGGAAGUACGUUACCAAUGCGUAUGCCAGCAACUGGUUAAGUGGAGUGACCUGAAUUCCUGUAAGGAAUGCCAUAGCAUAAGCUGCUUCCGCUGCCAAGAGUUUGAACCAGUCUUGAAGUAUUGCCCCAAAUGCCUAGAGGAACCUGGCAAAAUAGAUCAGAUAUUCUGCAAUCGCAACUGCUUUCAAUGCCCUCGUUGCAACAUAUCGCUUGUGAUAUCGAGCGAGAAGGUGACCGAAGACUCCAAGAGCUAUGUGUUCACCUGUACCGGAUGCAAGUGGAGCUUUACAACCCCCCCUACCGGCAAGAUCAAGUCAUUAACCAAGUACGUGCUCGAACUAUACAACUCCAAGAACUCGCGGGCCUAUGAACUUAUGACACAUUUACACAACAAGAAACAGCUGCUACAGUGGGAGGGCAGAGCAUUCAAGUUUGACGAGAUCGUCAACGCAUUGGAAGGAAAUGCGCCACGUUCAUUCGUCCAACGUCUAGCGGCAGGUGAGAAGCUGCACCAUCUGAUCAAUGAAGAAUUGGCGCAACCACUGCAGCAGGACAUGGAACACGUUCUGUAUCCAAAACGUACACACCUAAAGUGCCGCUACCGUUACAUGUGCCCGAAAUGCCAUCACACGUUAAGCAUGCCCGAUCAGACUCCAGCCUCGUCAAAACUACACAAGGAAUCCUUCGCGAUGAACGUCCUCCCGCAUAUCCGGAUUGAAACAGAGGCGCGGGCUCUAGGAGUCGACACCCAAGACCCAACAGCACUUGCCAUUAUAGUUAUGAACCCUAUACCGAUGCGCGCAGUUGACUUUGUUCUUUCUGCCUCUGAUACUCUCUUUCUCCCCGUCCGAAAGUUUACCAUCCCAUCAGUGGCCCCGGAUGAUAGUCAACUAGAUCGCUCCCAGGGCAAAGACGUCAAUUUGCAAAUUCUGGAGCACUAUGUUAAGUUCAUACCCACCUGUAUGCUCGGCAAUGACCAUAAACUAAAUCGAGCGGAACGCACCCGCAGAUUAGGAAACCGAUUUCAGUUCCAAGGAAGUGCGUCGCCUACUCCGCCCAAUCCUGUCGACUACGAUAUAGAGGAAGAGGCUCGACCGCUCGAUCAGGGCGAUGCAUGGUGCAUUCUCCCAUUGAAGUUGCUUCGCGAUGGGCUUCACCUGCUUAAUGUCCUAGUCACAAUUGGCGAUUGGCAGGUGAACCUGAAUCUGCAUUUUAAACAACAUAUAGCAACUAUCACCUAG